GAAGGGAGGCUGUAUUGUGUCUUUGCAUGUCAGACGGGAAGGACAAACAAAACGGAAAUGCAGAGGAAGUCCACUUGGGUCAGGUUAGUGACUCUAGAUACAAACAGAACCUUUGUCACAGGAAAUGACAUGGAGAAUGGAGCAGCUUGGGAAACACACGAGGCUUUUCAUAUUUCUGCCUUCUGUUUGUCCAGUCAUUUAGCGUGAUAACUACUGGUCUCAUCAUACUUCACUGUGAUGUGUCACCAAUCAGUAUGUCCCCCAUCAGUCAAUCUCAGUUCAUUCCACUGGGGGAAAUCCUUUGCUUGGCCAUCUCAGCAAUGAACUCGGCACGGAAACCCGUCACCCAAGAGGCCCUGAUGGAGCACCUGACCACGUGCUUCCCAGGUGUCCCAACCCCGAGCCAGGAGAUCCUGCGGCACACCCUGAACACGCUGGUGCGGGAGAGGAAGAUCUACCCGACCCCCGAGGGCUACUUCAUCGUGACCCCGCAGACGUACUUCAUCACCCCGUCCCUCAUAAGGACUAACAGCAAGUGGUACCACUUGGACGAGCGGAUACCCGACCGGUCUCAGUGCACCUCUCCCCAGCCCGGAACCAUCACGCCCUCCGCCUCAGGCUGCGUCAGGGAAAGGACCUUGCCCAGAAACCACUGCGACUCUUGCCACUGCUGCCGGGAGGACAUGCACAGCAUGCACGCGUCCACCCUGCAGCGGAAGCCUGCCAAGGACUGCAAGGACCCGUACUGCCCGCCCUCCCUCUGCCAGGUGCCACCCACCGAGAAGAGCAAAAGUACUGUCAACUUCUCCUACAAGACGGAGACCCUCUCCAAGCCUAAAGACGGGGAAAAGCAGUCCAAGAAGUUUGGGCUCAAGCUCUUCCGGCUGAGUUUUAAGAAAGACAAGACCAAGCAGCUGGCCAAUUUCUCCGCCCAGUUCCCUCCCGAGGAGUGGCCCCUGCGAGAUGAGGACACGCCCACGACCAUCCCCCGGGAGGUGGAGAUGGAGAUCAUCCGGCGCAUCAACCCCGACCUGACGGUGGAGAACGUCAUGAGGCACACGGCGCUGAUGAAGAAGCUGGAGGAGGAGAAGGCGCAUCGGAGCAAAGCGGGCUCCUCCGCCCAUCACAGCGGGAGGAGUAAAAAGAGCCGGACCCAUCGGAAGUCGCACGGCAAGUCGCGCUCACACAGCAAGACGCGCGCGUCUAAAGGAGACCCGUCCGACGGCUCUCACCUGGACGUCCCCGGGGAGCGGGAGUACGACUUCUGCGACCCCCUGACCAGGGUGCCCAGGGAGGGCUGCUUCAUCAUCGAGCACAAAGGCGAGAACUUCAUCAUGCACAGCAACCCCAGCGUGCUGGAGCCCCACUUCCCCAUGACGCCGGAGUGGGACGUGUCGGGGGAACUGGCCAAAAGGAGGACUGAGAUGCCCUUUCCCGAACCUUCCAGGGGCAGCUCCCACUCGAAAGUGCACCGAAGCCACAGCCAUACCCAGGACCGACGGUCCAGGAACGAGAGGUCCAGCAAAGCCAAGGAGAGGUCCAGGUCCAUGGACAAUUCCAAGGGUCCCCUGGGCGCGUCCUCUCUGGGGACGCCUGAUGACCUGGCCGAAGGCUGCAGCCAGGAGGACCCAACCCCCAUCCAGCCCUACAUUGACGACAGCACGCUAAGGCCCGCCCCGACGGCCGGUCAUCAAAGGGCUCACCUUCUGUCCCCGAGCUAUAAAGAGGUGUGCAUUCCGGAAAUAGUCGGCGGCAGCAAGGAGCCGUCCAGCGCGUGCGGCCUCCUGGAGCCAGGCAAACCCCCCGAGAGUUUGCCGUCCUUUGGUGACCUCAAUUCUUGUCCAACGAAAACAGCAACGGACGACUAUUUCCAGUGCAACACGUCCAGCGAGACGGUGCUCACGGCGCCAUCGCCUCUGGGAAAGAAUAAAGAGGACCAGGACCCUCUGGCCCUGGCCGAAGGGGUGAAGAAGCUGCCCCUGUCGGACAGGCAGACCCCGCUGUCCUCCAGGGAGCCGGGAGGACACAAGGAGGAGUCGCCCACAGGGCCAGGCGGGGGCCCGGCUGCUCCGGGCGCGGCGGCGGAAGGGAUGGCCAAUGGACGCCUCAUCCAGCAUCACGGCGCCGAGCCCAGCAGCCUGGACAAGAGGAAAGAGAUAUUCAGCAAAGACACACUGUUCAAACCUCUGCACAGCACCUUGUCUGUAAACAGCUACCACAAAUCCAGCCUGUCCCUCCUCAAAGCGCACCCGAAGGCACCGGCGGACACGCUGGCGGGCCGAUGCGAGAAGCUGGAGCCGUCCCUGGGCACCGCGGCCGCGCAGGUCCUGCCGGCCCUCCAGCGCCAGCAGGAGCCCGGGGGCAACCAGGAAGCCUCUUUCGACUAUUACAACGUGUCUGAUGACGACGACUCCGAGGAGGGGGCCACCAAGACCACAGAGGAGGAGAAAAACCGAGACGAUGUGGGCACCAUGCAGUGGCUCCUUGAAAGGGAGAAGGAGCGAGACCUGCAGAGGAAAUUUGAGAAGAACCUCACCCUCCUCGCCCCCAAAGACACGGACAGCAGCGGCCACCAGAGGACCACCCACUCGGCACGCCUGGACAGCAUGGACAGCAGCAGCAUCACGGUGGACAGUGGAUUCAAUUCCCCACGCACUCGGGAGAGCCUGGCCUCCAACACGUCGAGCAUUGUUGAAAGUAACCGUCGUCAGAACCCUACCUUGAGCCCGGCCCACGGCGGCGCCGGCCCGGCCUUCAACUUCCGAGCAAGCACGGACCCCCCGACAAACGAAGCUGAGAAAUUACAGAAACCUUCCAACUGCUUGCAGGCUUCCGUGACGAGUGUGUGACCGUCGUCCGGCCUCCGAUCUCCGUCUCGUGCGACACAGCCAAGUUUACGACACUGGGACUGAUGUUUACAUCUUCGGAAAGACAAGCAUCUCGACCACAGUUUUGGUGUUUACUUAAACUGUGCUGCUAAGUAGGCUAGAGCAAAACACACAAGUCUUUCUUUCAGAGUAUUGCUUUUUCCCAUGUAUGGCUCCGUAGCAGCAGAAUAGCAGUAGGGGUGAUAUGUACACUUUUGCUUCACUAAUUGUAACUGAGCACACAUAGGAGAGUCUAGACACUGUCAGUGUAAUCUGCAUUUCCAAUGUCAUGCCGUUGCCAACGCCAUUUUCAAAUGCCACAGGUGCGUGUUGCUCCCAGUCUGUGGGCAGAUGGUGCCACAGAACUGCUUCUUGACACUUCCAAACAAACAAACAAAAACAGCAAAGCCACCACAAAACGUCCAAUGCCAGGGCCCGCGGGGAGGGGGAUCCAUGCCAAACAGCCGAGGAGGGACCCAGCCCCCGGUGUGUGAAUCGCUUAGGCACCCGUCAUUUCCUCACUGUGAGUUUUCGUGGCGCGAGGUUGCAGGAGCCCGUGGAAGUGUGUCCGAAGGGGUCGGGAUGGAGGUCCUGGGAGUGCGUGUCGUCAGGAUUUUGUUUUUCAGUGUCACAGAUGCUUGUCUGAGUGUUCACCUUCCACAAUCACCAACAGGAAUAUAGGCCUUGGGAUCUGAAGUGGGUAGGAAGGCAGGGGCCCCCAGCCUGGCUGGGCUCGGCACUCCUGCUGGAAGAGGUAACGCGGACUCGACUCCUAGAAGAGGUGUGAGUCGGAAUCUGUGAGGCUGGGAAAGGGAUGAUGAGCCUAUCUUACAAUAAUAGAUACGAUAAUUAGUUUGUUUAAAAGCAAAAUGUUCUUUGUGAUACAAAUGAAGAGUAUGGCCUGGGGAUGUUAUUCUUUCUAAUGGAAGGACAUAAAUCUAUUUUAUGUAGUUUUAAAUAGAAUGCCUAAAUUAGGCGGUGGGAGAUGAUUUUUAGUGGUUCUAGGAGAGAGCAGAGUUAGGGAGAGUUGAACUUCAGGCCUUUUAUUCCUGGGAAGAUAUCUAUAGAGAAAACUUUAAAAGUAGUUUUUGAUCAGAGGUAUACAUGUGCCCAUGUAAUGAACAACGGAAUGUGCUCAUUCUGCAAAUGUGGUAUAAUUCUAACUUGUACUCCCCUUAAAAUUGACCAGAAAAACCAUUAUGCAUACAUGAACUAUGCCAGAGUGAUGUUUACAGAGACUGUGUAACCGAUUUCAGGAGGCAUGUUGAGGUGGAUGUGCGGCGAUCAGCCCAACUUACUUCGAGAUGGUUUGUUCACAUUUGGCUUUGGUUUACAAUGUCACGUUGAAUGCAAAGAAGCCGGGCGGCGGCAGAGGGAUGACAAAUAGUCAAGCUUCAGCCUUCUGGGAAAGAGAUUUUCCCAGGGCCCUUCGAUUUAUUUUAUGGGAACAAUGGAAUCAAGCUGUAGGUAAUGGGAAAGUAUUUGCAAAAGGGUUACAGAUGACGCAAGUAAACGGUCUGACCAAAAAAAAAGAGAGAAAGUUUAUUUAGUUCCGUGGCAUGUGAUGUUUGGAGCCAUAAAAUACAUAUCCAAAAAUAAAUCCCAGAUCCAGCCAGCGGCAUGGCGUUGGUGAAGCGCCCCUGCCCCGGGUUAGGCUGCAUCGGCGGCCCGUUUAGGGAAUGCAGGCGCAUACAAGGCCGGACUGGUUCUUGCAACAUGUGGGCGCUCCCUCCCGCUUCUUCAGAUAUUUGGAAGUGGCGCGGGGAACCGGACGCAUUGGGGCAGUGUAGGCUCCUUGUCUGUGCUUAGGGUGAAACCUAAGUACGUGCCCCGGUCAGCUCCCACACCACGAAAAGGCUCCCGUCAGUCGGCGUGACGUGUCAUGCCUUAUUUCCUCCGAGGCAUGCCCGGAUGGCUCAGCAAGGCACGCUGUCUCCCCGCUUAACUAUGUCCAGAAGGAAGGAUAAUGUCUCUAAGAGACUCCAUUCCAAGUGCGUUUCCUUGGGGAGCUGUCUACCAUACAGUUACUAAAUCCUUCUGUCUAAAUUCCUCCUUCCCCACCCCCCCCCCAAAAACCCUGCUCUCAAGUGUUUACCAUACACUCAGUUCAUAAAUAACAUAACCAUUGAGACAGCCCACCAGCCUCCGGCUGAUCCUCUGAGAGUCGCCAUCAUCUGAGUCAAAGGCUGGAUGACCCGGAAAAGCAAGCACGACCUUUAGAAGCUUUAAAAUAGGAAUUGAUCACUAUUUCGCAAGAAAUCGGUUUACAGAAGACAUUGUUCCAAUAAAAUGGGUACACUUUCUGCCUGAUGCUAUGGGGUAAUUAAAAAAACAAAAAAACAACUCCCUUAGACCAGCAGCCAUGAGCGUAGAAACGAUGGACUUUAAAGGGGAUAUGAUGUCCCAGGUAGACGCAGCCCCGUCUGAUCUCUCCGGGCUUCCUGAAGGGGGGAGGGAGGGGCAGGAAGCACAUUACAGAUGUGACCCAGGAUGGGCCACAGCGAGGCUCUCGGGGACCAAGCUUCGAGGACACCCUUGUCCUCCGGGGAAAUGCUAGCUUUGUGUCCACGGCUGCGUAUAGAGGCUUCACUUAAGAGCUUGUCAUCCGAAAGGUUUACAGAAUCGAAUCCGGUUGAAUCUCUGUGUAGCGUUCAACGUUAAAGGGUCAACCCAUCUGUUGGCAUUUUGCACACUUAUGUAUUAUUAUGAUGCAGCAUAUUACUUUAUGGUAAUUUUUAUUUUUGCAUAUAACUACCUCCAUAAAUUUGAUGAAGCGGCAGCCGUGCGUUGGUGUGUAUCGGUCAGAAAAGCGGAGUUCAGGCCAUGGCGUGGUGUGUGUGUGUGUGUGUGUGUGUGUGUGUGUGUCGGCGAUCGCCUCCGUGGACUCAUGACUUUCUCAUCGCCAUGGUUUCCUUUCACGGCUUUAUUUCACUUUCAGAUGUAAGCCUGUCUCCUCCCCUCCCCACCACAGCACACUUGGUUUUGUGAUGAAUGGGAGGAAGUUUAAAUUUCUUGUCUCCCUGCCCCCGCCCCCAUUCUUGCUAAAAGUUCCCCCUAGCAAAGAGCCAAUUGGUAAACAUAACGUAGCAAGCGAUUUACUCCUAUAAAAAUCUGAGGUGAAUUCUAGGUUUUCAGUAACCGAAGACACACAAGAAAUGUGGAUUGCGACUAGGCAGCUCUUUGGUCCUCUCUGCCUUCACCGCAUGCUGGCGUCUCGAGCCCACACGUCCCUCCCGUGAGAAGAGCUGUGCUGAGUGCCCACAACUCCUGUUCCAUAGGUUGUAUUCCAUUUUAUAUAUUUGUACAUCUCAGGGGACCUAAUUAAGGGCGGGCACCAAAUACAGAAAGUGGAUUGGAGAGCUGAAUGGCGACGAGCUGAGUAAAGAUGAAAAAAAAAAAAAUGACCACUUCUCUGACUUCGGGAAGCAGCCAUUUUUUUAAAAAAGGGAAUCUGUGGUAACAAUGAGCCAAACACCAGCUGUUCCCAAGUCUCCCUUUCCCACAAGCCAGCCAGCAUUUCUAAAAUGCAAAUCUCAAUUCUGUUGCAGUCACCUCGGGGAGAAAAAAAACCCUCUUCGAUGACAACGAAAGCAUCGUUCCUUUUUUAGGCUGGCACAGCUUUCUCAAGUUCCACCCAGGAAAACCACUUCUCACCACAAAGUGUACUUGAAAAUAAGUUUCCAGUUCAAAUCGUAGGCCUAUCGCUCACCCUACAGUCGUGGCGAUGCUCUGGAACGGCUCAGUGUAUGCCAUGGGCAGUAUUUUGGAGCUUGAUUAGAAACCAACCCCGACCUGUAAUGACUUUGCACAUUCAUGUCGGGGUCUCAGUGCUUCCAACGCGUGCGGGUUCACAGACAGCUCCCCGCGCGGGUCCUCUGUGCCGUGCCCGUACUUGAAGCGAACACAGGAAGGAGUGACAGACGAGAUGACCCAGGACACAGUGGCAGCUAGCGAUGAUCUCUGUUCUAUCUGUUGGAUAGACCAUCCCGAGCAAUCACCCAACACAAUGCGAUUUUUUUUUUCCUGAUGUGUGCUAAUAAAGUCAAAGAAAAACGAAUACAACUUUC